AUGACACAGAGUCUCAAAUUUUUCGGCUUCCCCCAGAUGUGGGUGUUCAAAAGGCGGCAGGGCGGGGGGGAAGGGAGUGCCUGCAGAGAGUCCAUGAUGGCAAGAUCUGUGUCCACCUCGAGCAUGCAAAGAUGCUUCGCAAAUCAAGAUGCCAGACGGGCCCUGGCAGACCAGAUUCCUCUAUCUGACCUUCACACAUUGUCUCAGACGACCUCUGGCCUGCGACUUGAGGUGACUCACGAAAUACAACAGCAUUUUGACAACAUCCUCGGUGCUUUCACCAGCACCCAUUGUGCGCAUUUCCAUGGGGUACUACAUAGUGUGAGAGGUAUCAUCAUGGGCUCCUGUGCUCUUGAGAUGCUCCUUGGGCAUGGUGGGACGCUGAUCCCACGAUUGGCUCCAAGGGACCUCAAUAUUGUGGUCCCUCACGCCCGCCUACCGCUGAUUGAAGUUUUCAUCGUGAACACUAUGGGUUUUCAGCCGAUCCCUGUGACUCUGCAUGCCACCUUGGCCUUGCACGUUGGCAAGUUUCGCCGUUACCAUGCAGGCGGACACAUCAUCACAGUGUCCGAGGCGUGCAUGGGCGUUGAUGCACUCCAUGUGGUCCUCAAUGGUCCAACCACAGCUGACAUGAUGUUUAUGUUGUGUGGAGGUCUGACUACUUUCUACCCUGAACUCACACUCAAUCGGUUCACCGUGUGCAGCCAGAACGGGAGAUUGAUUGCGCCCAACCAGGUGCCUCCUGCCCCACUCUUUGGUGAAGAGUUGCAAACCAUUCCUGAGUGGAGGCUGGACAUGGAUUGCAUCAACAGGCGCUGUCGUUAUCGCCUGCAGGCCACAUUUGCUAAUGAAGACAUACCUCCUCUUUUCAUGCCUCAAUACCACGCAGACAUCAAGCAACUGGCAGUUGGGAUCACAAAUCACUCUCCGCGCUACAGGCGGAUUUAUCAAGGGUUGCUCUAUGCGACGGGCUAUACGCGUCCAUAUUUGGUUCCCGUGCCAGUUCAGGAUGGCAUCUCCACCUGUGGCACACUGGAGGAACUCAAAGUCAACUAUUGGGUGCACCAACACACCUUCAGCGCAACAACUGCAUCCCGGGCUGCCUUGCAACAACAAUUUGUCCCCCAGCCGGACUUUGCGGUUCCGCAGGAGAUUGUUUACAUGUUCUUCUUUGAAGACCACACUAACAACCCACCGCAUAACAUGCUCGUGAACUGCAUUGCGCCUCCCAUGGUUACACAGGUCUCCUUCGAUGGAAAUCUGCUUAUCGUCAAGGAACGUCGAGGCUCUCUGGUGAACAUCACAGAGCAGGAUAUUGGUCUGGUCACACUCUUGCUGCAAAGGUGCGAAUUCAUCCUCAUGGUCUCUGAUGAAAGCGGCGUGCUUACACCCCUCAGUAGCAUGCAUAUUGCCUGA